CUUUUAGUCAUGUCCGUCUUACGUCCUCUUCAUACUCUCUCUUCUCAUACUUUAUUAAAAAGAGUUACUAUUAAGCAAACACCUCUUGUGUUGCAACAAGUCCGUACACAGGCCACUGCAGUGAAUGAUAAGAAAGGAAAACCUUCUCGACUAAGUGAACUCAAAGCAAGAUUGGCUGCUGAAGACGCUGCUGCUGGAUUAGACGACUUUGUGAAUCCUGGAUAUGAAAAGUUGACUACUUCUGAAGCCUUAGAAUUACGGGAAACUGUGGUAGAAGAAGGAAAGAAAGUGGUCACUACGAAACUUAAACAACCUCGUUUACCUUCUUGGUUAAAAACCGAUAUUCCAUCAGGACAAAACUUUGGCAAGAUUAAGCGGGAUUUACGUGGAUUGAAACUCCAUACAGUGUGUGAAGAAGCGAGAUGUCCAAAUAUUGGGGAUUGUUGGGGUGGUGGUGAACAUCAAACAGCUACUGCUACAAUCAUGUUAAUGGGUGAUGAAUGUACUCGUGGAUGUCGAUUCUGUUCUGUCAAGACCAAUCGCAAACCUAAGGCUUUGGAUCCUCAUGAACCUGAACAUACUGCUGAAGCUAUUAGUCGAUGGGGAUUAGAUUAUGUUGUGUUGACUAGUGUGGAUCGGGAUGAUUUAACUGAUGGUGGUUCUAGUCAUUUUGCAGAGACUAUCAGCAAGAUUAAAUCAAAAGCUCCUCAUAUUCUAGUGGAAUGUUUGACAGGUGACUUUGGUGGAUCAUUGGAAGGUGUGGAAACAGUAGCUCGAUCUGGAUUGGAUGUAUAUGCUCACAACAUUGAAACAGUGGAAGCAUUGACUCCAUAUGUACGAGAUCGCCGUGCUGGAUUUCGACAAUCACUGAAGGUGUUACAUCAUGCCAAGAAAGUCAACCCCGAAUUGAUUACCAAAUCAUCGAUUAUGUUGGGAUGCGGUGAAACAGAUGAAGAAGUACUACAUGCAUUAGAAGCCUUGCGUGAAGCUGAUGUGGACUGUGUGACUUUGGGUCAAUAUAUGCGACCUACCAAACGACAUAUGAAGGUACAUGAAUAUGUUACACCCGAGAAAUUCAAAUACUGGGAAACAAAAGGUAUGGAAUUAGGAUUCAAAUAUGUAGCAAGUGGUCCUCUAGUACGAUCAAGUUACAAGGCAGGUGAAUUCUAUAUUAGCAAUAUUUUGAAGAAAAGAAGAGGAUUGCCUAUUACUGAUGAUUUGAAAGAAAAGAAGAUAGAAAAUGUAUCUCUUUAGUUUUAAUUUUAUUGUACCUUAGAUGAUCUUUUAUUAUUAUUAUUAUUACUAUUUUGUUUUUCUUUUUGUAUAGUCCUUUAUAUCAAUAAAAUGAUAGUUUUUUUUUA